AUGGGCAGACCAAGCAAUGCAGAUAAAGUAAUGACCAAGUCAGGUACUAAUCUACCUAAAAAGCCUGGUGUCUUUACUAGAACAGAUAAGAGUGCCAGCAAUAGUACGACAACACCAACCAAAGGUGCUGCUCCAGGUAAACCAGUUAAACCUGCAAGUGUUAAUCCUUUUGAUCGUAAAGUAAACAAGGUCAAGCAUGAAGUACUUGGCAAAAAGACUAAAGGUGAUUCUGGUGUUCUUGGUCAAUCACGUUAUAAUGCUUUUGAAAAGAGAAAGAAUACAUUGUUAUUUGAUAUCAAAGAAUCAAAGAAAGCAAAUAGUUUUAAUGAUCAACGUGUUGGUGAAAAUGAUGCUUCAUUAACUGAAGAUGAAAAGAUGUUGAUGCGUUAUCAAAAAGAAAGAAUGAAAAACAAAGAUUUCUAUAACUUGAAUGAUGAAGAAGAUACACUUACACAUAUGGGUCAUACUUUGGGAGAAAUCAUAAAGGAUGAUGAUUACGUUGCAGAUGAAGACGAUGAAUUACAAGAUGAUGAAAGAUCAGGACGUAGAAAGAGAAAGUCAAAGGACUUUAUCGAAGAUGAUGAUGUUGCAGACAGCUAUGUCGGUGGUGGUGACGACGGUGACCAAGUAGAUGAUGACGACAAUGGUUUGGAAAAACAAGGAGGAGAUCAACCAGAAAGAAAAAAGACAUCGAAAGAGGUGUAUGCUGAAAUCAUGUUAAAGUCAAAGUUGGCCAGAGCCGAACGUCAAAAGGAAAAGAUGGACAAUAUGGACAUGCAAAAGCAGUUGGAUGUCGAGUUUAACGAGAUUAGAGGUGAUUUGGUGUCUGCUAUGGGUGGACUACACAAGCCAAAACGUGAUCCAUUGUUGUCGCUCUUUGACGACGUCAGAAAGUUGACGGCAGAGGAAAUCGAGGCUGCUCGUGUCAAGGCUAGCGGUAUUGUGCAGGCCGAUGACUAUGACACUUUGAUGAUCGAGUUGGCUGGCGAUGUCAGAGUAAAGGCUACUGGUAGAACAAAGACACAAGAGGAAAUCAUCAAUGAAGAGAUGGAAAAGUUGACCAAACUCGAAGAAGACCGUCUCAAGAGAAUGAGAGGUGAGAUCAUCCUCGAAGACGACGAAGAAAAGAACAAACUUGCCAAGCGUCGUGAAAAGCGUAUGCAAAAGUUACACAAGGACAAGACAAACAAGCCAAAGGCUCUAACCCUUACUGCCGAUGAUCUUGGUGAUGAUGACUAUCUAUUGGACAACGGUGAAGCUCCAAUGUAUAGACCACCAACUGCUGAAGAAGAAUUUGGUAUUAAACAAAGUGAUGACGAAGAAGAUGAAGAAAAUGAAGAGGAUGAAGAAGAUGGAGAAGAUGGAGAUGAAGAUGAAGAUUCUGAAGAAGAAGAGGAAGAAGAAGAUUCUGAUGCAGAUUUAGAUUCAGAUGAAGAAAUUCAAAAGGAAAUGGGUGAAGAAGGAGAAGAUGAAGAAGAAGAAGAAGAAGAGGAUGAUUCUGAAGAAGAGGAUGAAUUAGAUAUUGAACAAAAAAGAGUUGAAAGAGAAUUAAAGAUUAUCGAAUUACAAAAACAAGCAGAAUUGGAAAUUCCAUAUUCAUUCAAUGUACCAAAUGAUUUGGAACAAUUAAAUGAUUGGUUGUAUGGUAGAACAUCAGAUGAAAGAGAAUUGAUUUACACUCGUAUCCGUGUUUGUAAUCACGUCUCUAUCAAACCACAAAACAAGGAAAAGAUGAAGACCUAUCUCCCCAUCUUGUGGAAACGUUUCUAUUUUAUCAUUCAAUCUUCAUGUAACACUCAAGUACCAUCAACAACAACAACAACUGACGAGACCACCGUUGCUGCUGCGGUAGAAAAAUUAGAUUGGAAAGAAUUGGAUAUUCUAAGUAAAUAUAUUUUCGAUAUCAGUCAAGAAGUACCAGAAAUCUCGGCUGAAGCAGCUGCCGAUGUCAUCAAAACCUGUUACAAGAGAAUUACCACCCGUUUGGAAUCCAUCAAAUUAUUAAACUCGCCAGUCAUCACACUCUGGCCCAACGUUCCAGAAUUGCUCUCUAUCAAAUUGAUUGGCAGUGUUUUCCCAACAUCCGAUCUUCACCACCAAGUUGUCACCCCUACCAUUACCCUCAUGGCUCAACUUUUAACUCAAUGUCCACUCAAAAAUGCUCACGAUAUGCUUUCUUCCCUUUUCCUUUCAAAUAUAUUUUUAUUCUAUUUACAAAGUAGUAAUAGAUAUUCACCAGAGAUUUCAUCAUUAUUAUUAAGUUUAUUAUCCAUUUAUUGUCAACAUCAACAACCAAAACAACAACAAUCUACCACUACUACUACUACUACCAACAACGCCAAACAAUCACAACCACAACAACAACAACAAAAAUCACAAUGGGCAAGUUUUGAAUCACUUUUACUCAUUCCAACAGUAGUAUUACCAGAAAACUAUCUCUCUGUUCAAAAUCCAAAGGAAUUAUCAAAAUUGGAGGCUUCUCUAAACAUUGAUUUCAAUUUGUUAUUGAAUCCAAAACAAAAAGAAACUAUUUCAUAUUAUGAAUCAAAUCAAUUCAAGAUUGACUUUUUAAAUUUAUUAUUAAAUAUGAUUGAAAAAUAUGUAAAACAAUAUGGAGGUAGUGAAUACAAGAUGUCGUUGCCAUCGAUUUUGUCAAUGUUUACUCAAGUAUUUAGUAGAUUGGAUAGCAGUGUGUACAGCGAAUCGACCAAGAAACGUAUUGAACAAGUUAAAAAGUUGGUAGAAGACGUCAACAAGGAGAUUGUUUCUACUCGUGUACCAUUGACCCUUUUGACAUUCAAACCAACCUCCAAGAGAGCAUUUGACCCCAAGUAUAUGGAAACUUUCAACGAACACGGUGACGAUCCAAAUCACGUCAGAUCCGAACAACGUAGAGUCAAAAAGAUGUUGAAGCGUGAAUCCAAGGGUGCCGUCCGUGAACUCAUCAAGGAUAACAUGUUUAUUCAACAAGAAAAGACCAAGCAACGUACUGCCGAACGUGCCGAACAACAAGAAAAGACCAACAAGGUCAUGUCCGAAUUACAACUCGAACAAUCCGAACACAAAAAAUACAAGAAACUCAAGGAUCGUUUGGAUGGAAGAAUUUAA